AUGCCACCAUCCCCGCCUCUAGACUCGGCCUUCGAGCACGGUCGUCGAGGCCAGAUUCGCAAAUAUUUGCAGAGAUUCACCACUACAAUCCGGAGAGGAAGCAAGGAUGCCGACGUAGAUGACAGCAUUCCACAAUCAAGUGCCGAGACACCUGAUGCUCAAGAACAUUCCCAUGAUGAUACAUUGUUCAUGAACACAAUCGACGCCGAGGAACCACAAACGACGAAUGAUGUCCCUGAAGAGCAAUCUCGACCUACCCCACCAGCCACAGCUGAAACAUUCCACAUCGACCGGGCUUCCGUGUAUCAGGAGAGGGCACAAAAGUUGCGUGAUCGAUUCGGGGUGAAUAUCGCUGGUGGUGACCGCUCUAGUUUCCCUGCCACUGCUCGGCGUGUUCAGAAGCCUGCAAGGAUGCGUGUUCACCGUAGCUGUCAUGAGUGUGGUGUCGACUUUGGUCAUGGUAUUCAUUGUCGGGCUUGCCAUCACCGGCUGUGUGGAGACUGUCCCCGUACCGCUGGUAGAGGGAUCAAAGAAGCCAUGGCUCAAGCGAGGGAUUAUCCGUUCCACGUUGUCUCUGAAGAGUCUUCUACGGAUCUGGACUCCCCCAUGGCAGAAGCACCGGCAGAUGUCUCAGAACAGUUCAACAGCUUCAGCAAUGUGUCGAUUUCAGGCAAACAGACUUCGCGGCCUUCGACUUCACUGGAUCCUAUUAAGGUUGAUGAUAGCUUCUUGCCAACACUCGAAGUUGAUGAUGAUAUUCCCGAGUUUACUCCCAUUCGUAUCUCCCACAGCUUUCGUCAUGGCAAAGACAGAAAGAGUGGCUCUAUUUCUCCUCGCUCAUCCCGUCAUGUACCCUAUUCCAUCUCCACAAUCAGAGAUCCCAUCUUAAAAGCACCUGCCGGCGUCCAACGCGUCUACCGCAAACCUCGCCAGCGCGUCCGCUACACGUGCCACGAAUGCACAACACCCUUUACCAGCCACAGCAGAACAUGCGGCAAAUGUGCUCACGAGCGCUGUCAUGAUUGUCGCGAUCAACCAUCACAAAAAUCGCACAAAUCACAAGCAGACCCAAGGUUGAUCGAAGCCGUCAAUCAACGUCUCGCCGAAGUCGGAAAGUAA